CCCAACACACCAAGUUCCCAAAAAAAUUCAAUUUUUUUCAGAUUUUUUCUCUCAACACAAAACAAAACACUACAAUUUACAAACCCCCCUUUUUGCUCUCCCAUUUUCCUUCUUGAGCAUGCACAAAGCUCAGAACUUGAACAUCAGCAUUGCCUCAUGAGCCAUUAGGGUUCAUCUCCCAAGAAAGAAGCACAGAUUUUGAGGAAGAUUUCGUUUGUGGGUUGCUUAGGUUACCUGCAGAAAUGAGUGCAUCAAGGUUCAUAAAGUGUGUCACUGUUGGUGAUGGUGCUGUUGGCAAGACUUGUAUGCUUAUCUCCUACACCAGCAACACUUUCCCUACUGAUUAUGUUCCAACUGUCUUUGACAAUUUCAGCGCAAAUGUGGUUGUGGAUGGGAGCACUGUGAAUUUGGGUUUGUGGGACACUGCUGGCCAAGAAGAUUACAAUAGAUUAAGACCUUUAAGCUAUCGAGGAGCUGAUGUAUUCCUGCUAGCAUUCUCUCUCAUAAGCAGGGCUAGCUAUGAAAAUGUUGCCAAGAAAUGGAUUCCUGAGUUGAGGCAUUAUGCUCCUGGUGUUCCAAUUAUUCUUGUUGGAACAAAACUUGAUCUUCGGGAUGAUAAGCAGUUUUUUCAAGAUCAUCCUGGUGCAGCGCCUAUCACCACAGUGCAGGGUGAGGAACUGAGAAAACUUAUCGGUGCUCCAGUUUACAUCGAAUGUAGUUCAAAAACACAGCAGAAUGUGAAGGCUGUUUUUGAUGCGGCCAUCAAAGUAGUUCUCCAGCCUCCAAAGCAGAAGAAAAAGAAGAGAAAGGGUCAAAAAACCUGUUCCAUAUUGUGAUCUUCUCAGUUCUAAAUUGGUAGUUGGCAGAGGAUGACAUGACUGUAGCCAUUUCUUGGUAGUCUUUGCCAUUCUAUAUCUUAUAUACUAUUUCCAACCUAGAGGAAGAAAUCGCCCGGCUCAACUGACCACAUUUACGGUUCGCUAAUAAGCAUCAAUCUAUUUGUCUCUCUGGCUGUAGGAUCUGUGUACACAGUCAUAAUCUCAAUAUGUUUGGCAUGAACAAACUUCUAGUGCUCUUCUGGGCUGUUUUACCUGUUGUAUUGACACUAUUAAAUGACCAUUUCCUUCUGUGGACAUGGUUUCUAUUUGGAUUGUAAUGUAAUGUAAUGUAGGAAGUGCUUGCAUAUGUGCCUUGAUAUGAAACUAAGUAUAUGUAAUUAUGUUAGCUGCUUAACAGACUGAAAUAUAGUUGGUUUGAUUAA